GGGAAUUCGAACGACUCUCGGUACGCAAAAAUGAAUCGGAAUCACAGAGGUACCUGCCAGUCUUCGGCCUUGUGCUUACCGCUUGUUGGGUUUUUUCUGAUCAGUGCGUUUCGCCCAUAAUUGCUGAGGGGAGCUAUUUUCGAUCGACUAGUGACUACACGAGGUGUUGAUAUCUGAAUCGCCGAUAAUCUUUAAGCUGUUGCGUAAAGAAAUGCUGAGCAAACAGUCGACGCCUCGGGACUUGAUACUCAGAAGUCUUCGAUGAGGAGAAUUCACACUCUGCUACUUACUUUGCAAUGGCCUCAAGUUCAGUCGAGAAACCAGACCCAGCAAUUUCAUAUAAGAACGAUCUGUGGGGGUACGAAGUGCGCUCUUCUUCCGACGACUGCAUCACUUUCCUUAACAAAUACUAUAUUGAAGUUCUCAGCUAUGGUCGUGACAAGCGGGUCAUAUUACAGGCAGCAGAUGCAGACAAUUGUUGUGCAUUGGCUUGUGGUCUAGCUGCAGUUUAUCUAUGGGCUCCUCAAAAGUCCACAACUUUACCUCCUAGAGCUCUCAUUUACCUCACAGCAGCCAAGGAAAACCUGGUUAAAGCAUCCAAAUACGAGGAGCUUGUCGUCCGGGCUUUGGUUGCGUGGAUAGAACAUGGCUCCGAGGAUGCACUUGCGCGACACUUUGAGGUUCUGGAGAGUUAUCCAAGAGAUCUGCUAACUUUGAAAAGAGGCCAAACUCUGUGUUUUAACAUGGGACGGAGUGCGGACAUGCUACGUCUGGCUUUGAAGGCACUACCUUUCAAUGUGGAGAGAGGCUACGUGUUUGGAAUGUUGGCGUUUGCGCUCGUGGAGGUCGGCAGCAUCAGAGAAGGAGAGAGUGCUGCAAGAAUGGCUUUGACUAUUGAGGCUCAAGAUAUUUGGGCUCAGCACGCACUCUGCCACGCGCUUGAGUACCAAUGCCGCUUCAAAGAAGCCUUGACUCUUAUGAACAUAUCCUGCAGCUCGUGGCUUACCCGGUGCUCAUUCAUGCGUGAACACAAUUGGUGGCAUGUGGCUGCUUGCCAGCUAGAACUAGGCGGUCGUUCGGCUCUGAAGACUGUGCUUUAUAUAUAUGACGAACAUAUUUGGGGAUCCCAACGUGUCAUCAAGAACCCUCAGACGUACAUAAAUGCUCUUGGUCUUCUUUUGCGCAUGGAAAUUCGGGUUGAUAGCAGCAUUGUCCAGGAACGAAUUUUACAAGUAGUCAGUUCUUUAAAAGAACGGGCAUUUGAGCAUCAAGAACUUCUACUAGACCUACUUGCGAUAUGGGCUUUCGGGCGUGCUGAUCAGCCGGAAGAGGCAAUCGAGAUGGCCGAGAGUGUGAAAAGCAAAGUUCUGGCCGUGGACGUAUACAAACCGAGCACUAUGCAGUGUGUCAUAUCGCUGGCAGCAGCCCUGUGCGAGUGCGGAAGGGGUAAUUUGAAAGCUGUUGCUGAGAUUUUGGGAUCAACCUUUUAUACCGGCAACUUGAAGGUGCUUGGAGCAUCGAACGAGCAACUAGACGUGUUUGAGGAUCUAUGGUGCAUUUCUUCCCUGAGAGCAGGCCAUGUAACACAAGUGGUUGAGGUCGCGGAGAGGCUCACUAGAGAGAAGCCAGGCAUUUCUUUCGCAUGGCGAGUUCUGGAAGAAGCGUACUCCAAAAGUGGACAAGCACCAGAGGCCAUUUUUGCAGGCUCGAGAGCUAGGGUGCUUGAACUGGCGGGUGAGGAAGAAUUAUUAAACAUGAGCUCUCUUUACCUAUAGACUCAAUGAGUCUCUAGAAGCUUCAAAACUGAAGCUCAAUGUUUAGAAUUCAUGUACUACGUACAGGUAAUUUAAGUAAAACUUGACGCGGACAAGUUUCUCAAGAAUUCGAUUCCAUGGCAGAGUCGAACGUGAUUACAUGGAAACUGUCUACAGAUUAAAAAAUAUAUUCUUUACUUCCACUAGAAUUAGUACCUAGGCAAGGCCAGAAUCGAGACAGAAUCAUUAACAUGAGGCAGACUAACGAGACAGGAGUUAACCCACAAGACACACACUUCCAUUUAGAAUCAGUAACGCGGCCUAUUGCACUAAGUCCUUAUAAUAAAACCAAAAUAAAAC